AUGGCCACCAUCAAGCCCAUCGAGGCCAAGUCGGUUCACCAGAUCCAGUCUGGGCAGGUUAUAGUUGAUUUAUGUUCCGUGGCAAAGGAAUUGGUCGAGAAUAGUCUUGAUGCGGGAGCAACUUCGGUGGAAGUUCGCUUCAAAAACAAUGGUCUCGAUGCAAUCGAAGUACAAGAUAAUGGGUCAGGCAUAUCUCCUGCCAACUAUGAAAAUGUCGCCUUAAAACACUAUACGUCCAAACUCGCCAGCUACGAUGAUCUAUCGACACUACAGACUUUCGGCUUUCGGGGUGAAGCCUUGUCUUCGCUCUCUGCCCUGUCUAAACUCUACAUUACAACUGCUCAGGCAGAAGAGGCACCCAAGGGCAAACGGCUUGAGUUCGAUGUCUCCGGCAAGCUCAAGUCGACCACUCUCGUGGCCUGUCAAAAAGGUACAACUGUAACUGUCGAAGGCAUCUUCGAAAGCUUGCCGGUCCGACGGAAAGAAUUGGCCAAGAACAUCAAGCGAGAGUAUGGGAAAGUGCUGGGACUCCUUCAGGCUUAUGCUUGUGUUUCUGUCAACGUCAAGUUUACGGUCAAAAACACCAUGCCCAAGGGCAAGAGUGUGACGGUGUUUUCGACCAAGUCUAACGCCACAACCAGAGAGAACAUUGCAAAUGUCUAUGGAGCCAAGACGUUGGCGGCCCUGGCGCCGUUGGAUUUGGAGUUGGAUUUUCGACCUACACUGACUCAGUUGGUGCACAAAGACAAGGCUCGCUCCAAAAUCCAUGUUAGAGGUCAUAUUUCAAAGCCGGUGUUUGGCGAGGGCAGACAAACUCCUGAUAGACAAAUGUUCUUCGUCAAUGGUAGGCCAUGUGGUUUGCCCCAGAUUGCGAAAGCCAUCAACGAAGUAUACAAGGCGUUCAAUGUCACCCAAUCUCCAUUCAUCUUUGCAGACCUGCAGAUGGACACAAAUGCCUACGAUGUCAAUGUUUCACCAGAUAAGCGAACUAUAUUACUCCAUGAUUCAGCGGCGCUCAUUGAAAAUUUGAAAACUGCACUGAACGAAAUGUUUGACAGUCAAGCUCAAACUGUGCCUCAUUCUCAGUUGCAGACUUCUAAAUUUCCUGCCUUCGACAAGCUGAGCUUCCAAAAACAGACGCCGUCUGCAUCGCCCAACGAGGAAAUUGAUCGCAGUUCGGUUUCGGAUCAAUCUAUGCAAGAGGAAGAACGCCAAGACUCUGCCGAAGGAGAUGGGGAAGACGAAAAUUGUCCUGGUUCUUUAAUGAGGGACCACUUCACCAACUAUGCGAGUACAAGAAGAAGUCCCAAGUUGGGCGUAAACAUGCAAGGAAAAAAACAGAAUCAACGAAAAGAUGCAGCUGACAGAAUACGAUGGCCGCAUACCGGGCGUGCGGAGGAAUCUGCUCGAUCAGAUGCGGAUGACGAAGCCCACGAAGUUACUUCCCUCGACACCGCCAAGGAGGAAGUAUCGGAGCAUACUGAACACAACGAUCUCACAAGUUAUGAAGACGGUGUCGAUGAAAGAGCCUUAGGACUGCAGUCUGGAGGAGUGCAGGCAAAUAAUAUUUCUCGCCCCAGUUCUCCGGAGAUUCCCUCCACUAUGCCCUCAUCGGAUAAAGAGGAACCAGGGGUUGUCCCCACUGCCUUUGAUCGCAUGAGGCCCAAGAGGGUACCGGCAGGACUUGCCACGGUCCAAAUAGGAGAGGAGACGUUCACUACGGUCUUAGGAUCGCAACACUCCAGGUUGCAACGCGGAACCCAUCAAUUCCCAGAAAAGCGAAAGGCGGCCGAAGCGCGCGAAAACUCUACGAAAAGCUCAUUCGUCGCACACUUCUCUCAGAAAUUGCGAAAAUUCAGUGCUGAUACUGGAGAGCUCUCCAGUGGUGGAGAGGUAGCCGAGCGCUCUGACAGCCCUGCUCCAGGGGAUGCAGAUUCUGACGACGAGGUGGAAAUCAAGUCUGAGCAGUUGACUCAGUCACUCCAUGAAUCGUUAAGUCCGGAUGACAAUGAUCUUGAUGGAGACAUCCCAUCCUCACCUCAGGUCGCGGAGGACCUUCCUGAUGGCGAUUACGUGGAUGAAGCGGAGAAGAAGAGGGCUGAAGAAGCACGCGUAGCUGAGCUCAUCCGAGCCGCCGAGGAAACCGUGACUACACCGAGCAAGGACAAUUUAAAGCGUGCCACCAAGGCACUUUCUGGAGGUCGCAAUAAAGAUUCCACCACGAACCUAUUUGCGACGGUCGAUUUCUCUAUUUCAUCCUUAGCUGAGCAAAUGCGGACAAGCCUCAACCAUAUUGGGGAGGAAUCAGCUGCCCAGGAACUUCCCGCAUCCAACGACGAUGCGGACCCAGAAACACAACUUUCCUUGACUGUAUCCAAGGCAGACUUUGCAAGGAUGGAUAUUGUAGGGCAGUUCAACCUUGGCUUUAUCCUCGCUGUCCGGCCUGCCCAACGGUCUUGUCAUGACGGAAAACAGAAGGGACGAGACGAGCUGUUCAUCAUCGACCAGCACGCCUCGGACGAAAAAUACAAUUUUGAACGAUUACAGGCUGAAACAGUGGUGGGAAACCAGAGGCUUGUGCAGCCGGCUAUCCUUGACCUCACGGCAGUGGAGGAGGAAAUUGUGCUGGAAAACAAAGACGCUUUGGAGAAGAAUGGUUUCAUCGUCGACAUCGACAUGAGCGGUGAAAGUAUGGUCGGCCAACGUUGUAGACUUGUUAGUCUACCCCUGAGCAAAGAGGUGGUGUUCACCACUCAGGACCUGGAGGAACUCAUUCACCUCCUCGCUGAAGCACAAGGCGUGGGGAGUGAACAUGGAGCGGGAGUGCCCAGGCCGAGCAAAGUGAGGAAGAUGUUUGCCAUGAGGGCCUGUCGGUCCAGUAUCAUGAUUGGCAAGACAUUAUCGAAGAAACAGAUGGAAAAGGUGGUCACGCAUAUGGGGACGAUUGAUAAGCCCUGGAAUUGUCCUCAUGGACGACCGACCAUGAGACAUCUCUGCAGUUUGACUGAUCUAGAGUCAUGGCACGAGGGUGAUGGGGAAGCUGGGGAAGACCGAGGGAGUCUCGGUGAGGCGUUACAUAGGUAUAUAGACGAGCAGGAAGGACUAUAA